UUCUCACAUGGUAUCAGCAGUCCAAUUUUGAUCCCAAAUUUCCCUAAUUUCUUUUUUUUUCCUUCUUCUCUCUCCUGCGCCUGUUCUUCUCUGGUUUCUUUUUUUUUCUCCUCUGUUUGACCAGCCGCCGGAACCGAGGCCCAUCUCCUGCUCGCGCCACCGCUCCGCCGCGCCACCAGCCCUCUCUCCGCGCCCAAGCGCCGCGCCCAAGCGCCGCGCCCAAGCGCCGUGCGUCCCUGUCCGGCUUCAGACCCGCGUCAGCGCCCGUUCUUUCUGCCUCACGCGUCUCCAACCCGUGACCCAGACCCGCGACCCAGGUCUCUCUCCCUCACGCGACCACCGCGCACCUCCACCAACGCCGCCGUGCUCGUCUGACCCGCGCGACCUGUGCCCCUGCACCCCGCGCCCGCUGCAGCCUCCUCUGACCCGCAACGCUGCAACCUCCUCUGACCCGCGACCCGUGCCCCUGCACCGCGAGCUCGCCCCUGAGAUCCAAGUUCUCCCCGCCGUUCCCUUCUCCUUCGGACCAUGUCAGACUCCGAGACCAGCGCCACCGUCCCCGGCGGAUCCACGGCCAAAACCGCCCCCGAUGCCAAGCAAGCUUUUCACCCCGCGUUCACCGUAUCCAACAUCAAGAAUCACAUUCCUAUCGUUCUUGAGAUGGAAACGGAUCAGUAUGGCACUUGGGCGGAAUUGUUUCGCAUUCAUGCAGAGUCCCACAAGGUUCUUCAUCAUAUUGAACCUCCCACAGGGAAGGCACCAUCGCCUCCGGCCACCGAUGAUGAGAAGGACUUAUGGAACACUCUUGACAAAAAGGUCCUUCAAUGGAUUUACUCAACUAUUUCCUAUGACCUUUUGACCACCAUUCUUGUACCCGGUUCAACCGCUAUGGGAGCUUGGAAUGAUCUGAGAGACAUUUUUCAGGACAAUCAAAAUGCUCGUGCUGUGACUCUUGAACAAGAGUUCUCUACUACACGCAUGGAUAGCUUUCCCAAUGUUUCUGCUUAUUGCCAACGUCUCAAGACGCUCUCUAACCAGCUGAAGAAUGUUGGUUCUCCUGUCAACAAUCAUCGUCUGGUUCUUCAGCUGAUCUCCGGUCUCUCUGAUGCUUAUCGUGGUGUUGCUACCCUGAUUCGGCAGAGCAAUCCGCUUCCUACUUUCAACCAGGCUCGCUCCAUGCUUACUUUGGAAGAAUCCGGUAUGGCAAAGAUGGUGAACCAUACCUCUCAUGCUGCCAUGCACACGUCCCAGCCGAGUCAUUCUGAUGACUCCUCCCAGCAAAACAAUCGUCGUUCCAACAACCGUUCUCGUUUCAGUGGAGGUCAGGGUCGUAGCGGAGGUCGUGGUAACCGUGGUGGCUCUCGACCUACUGGUUCCCCAAGUGCACCUAAUGCUCCUCCACCGUGGGCAUCUUCUUGGCAGCCGCAACCGUAUCCUGCUUGGCCACAGUGGGGUUAUUCCCCGCCGCCGUGGACUAUGCCUCCAUGCCCCUAUCCCACCGCUCCAUGGCAGCGCCCGACCACUCCUCUGAAGCAACCAGGCAUCCUCGGUCAGCGCCCGCAGGCGUAUGCCGCUACAGCAUCCUCUUCCGUCCCCACCGACAUAGAGGCUGCCCUGCACACCAUGUCUCUCCAUCCUCCGGAAGAUCAGUGGUAUAUGGAUACUGGUGCGACAUCUCACACCACGGCGUCACCAGACGGGGGUCCCUCUUCUUCGAUGUGACAGCUUCGGCGAUCUCUAUCCAGUCACCGCUCCCCCCAAUUUUGUUGGUCUCACCUCCAGUCUUUGGCAUCGUCGACUUGGUCAUCCUGGAGCCUCAGUUUUGAAUUUUCUUCGCACAAAUAAGUUCAUUAGUAGUAAACCUUUGGAUUCAUCUGUCAUUUGUGAUUCUUGUGUUUUUGGCAAACAUGUUAAGUUGCCGUUUUAUGAUUCUCGAACUACUACAUUGAUGCCCUUUGAUAUUAUUCACAGUGAUUUAUGGACAUCUCCCGUUUUAAGUUCUA